UGGUGACGUGGACCAAUCGGAGGUCGCCGCGUUCAAGCGGGGCCUGAGCCCGGAGCCGGCGAGAGAGAGACACACACGACACACCGGGCCGGGCCUGGGGUAGAGACCGGCCACCUGAAAGACAGCCCUUCCAACAGCACAGCACUGCCUCAGCAUUGACCUUCCAACAGUGCAGGACUGCUGCGGUAAUAGGUUGAGGUAAACCUUUACAAUGGACAGCAAGAUGGGACUGUCAAUUUGGAUGAUAUGCUUUACCCUUGCACACUUGGUCAUGCACACGGAUUCAGUAGCAGUGAUGUCUGUGGAUUUGGGCAGUGAAUGGAUGAAGAUUGCCAUUGUGAAGCCGGGAGUGCCCAUGGAGAUUGUAUUAAACAAAGAAUCGAGGAGGAAAACUCCAGUUGCUGUUGCUUUAAAAGAAAACGAACGACUCUUUGGGGACAGUGCAGUAGCCAUGGCAGCAAAGAACCCCAAAGUGGUCACCCGUUACCUACAGGAUCUACUUGGGAAGCGAACGGAAAACCCACAGGUGGAGCUGUACAGGAAGCGAUUCCCUGAACAUCAGCUCGUGGCAGCUGAUCAGCGGGGCACGGUGGUCUUCAAAUUUUCAGAUGAAUUGUAUUAUUCCCCUGAGGAGAUCCUAGGGAUGGUGCUGAAUUACUCAAGAAUUUUGGCUCAAGACUUUGCAGAGCAGCCUAUUAAGGACCUUGUGAUCACUGUCCCAGCAUACUUCAAUCAGGCAGAGAGGCGGGCAGUCAUACAUGCUGCUCAGAUGGUGGGUCUGAAGGUCCUUCAGCUCAUCAAUGAUAACACAGCUGUGGCCCUGAACUACGGUGUGUUUCGGAGGAAGGACAUUAACGCAACAGCCCAGAACGUGAUGUUUUUUGACAUGGGUUCAAGCAGCACCACAGCCACUAUUGUUACUUACAUAAUAACUAAAACAAAAGAUUCAGGAACGCAGCCCCAGCUCCAGAUUCGAGGGACUGGGUUUGAUCGGAAUCUAGGUGGGCUUGAGAUGGAACUUCGUCUGCGGGAUCACCUAGCAGAUCUCUUUAAUGCUCAGAAGAAGACUCCCAAAGAUGUCCGUCAGCACCCCCGAGCAAUGGCGAAGUUGUGGAAAGAAGCAAAUCGUGUGAAGACAGUACUGAGCGCGAACAUAGAUCAUAUGGCACAGAUUGAGGGACUGCUUGAUGACAUUGACUUCAAGGCCAAAGUAACGAGGCAGAAGUUUGAGGAACUGUGCAGUGAUCUCUUUGAGAGAGUUGCAGACCCUGUACAUCAAGCUUUAAAAGUGGCUGAAAUGAAAAUGGAAGAUAUUGACCAUGUGAUCCUGGUGGGCGGAGCAACACGUGUUCCCAAAGUGCAGGAGGUCUUGCUGAAAGCUGUUGGAAAGAAGGAAUUGGGAAAGAAUAUAAAUGCAGAUGAAGCGGCAUCAAUGGGAGCUGUGUAUCAGGCUGCAGCUCUCAGCAAAGCCUUCAAAGUCAAGCCCUUCCUUAUUCGUGAUGCAGCCAUGUACCCCAUUCAGGUUGAAUUUACACGAGCAAUUGAAGAGGAUGGUGUGAAAAGCAUUAAACACAACAAACGUGUGCUGUUCCAGAGAAUGUCUCCAUAUCCUCAACGUAAAGUGAUCACUUUCAACCGCUACACCGAUGACUUCGAAUUCUUUGUGAAUUAUGGGGAUUUGAACUUCCUGAGUGAGAGUGACCUCAGUAUCUUUGGAUCGUUAAACUUGAGCACGGUUCGGUUGAGUGGUGUCGGUUCAAGUUUUCAGAAACAUUCUGAUAGUGAAUCUAAAGGGAUUAAGGCCCAUUUUAACAUGGAUGAAAGUGGAAUACUAGCACUGGACAGAGUGGAAGCUGUGUUUGAGAAGGUGCAGGAUGGAGAACCUGAAGAAGAAUCCACCCUGACCAAGCUUGGCAACACCAUUUCUAGUCUUUUUGGAGGUGGAAGCUCUGAAACAGACGGGAAGGAGAACUUGACUGAAUCCGUGCAGGAUGAAGAGGAGGCUACAAGUAGAACUGAGAAGGAUGAUCAGGAAGAACCAGUAACUGCAAAAGAGACGGAAAUUCCCACUGAGGAGAAGAGCAGCAAGUCUGAGGAGGAAAACAAAGCUGAACCUAAUGAAGAGAAAGGAGGCCAGCCUGAACCAGGAGAGGACACGGCCAAAACGGAGACACCUGAAACUCGGGAUAAAAAAGUUGAGGAUGUUGGGAAAGAGGAGGUGAAAGAUCCAGAAUCGAAUAAAACUGGGGAGGUUAAGAAGCCAAAAGGACCCAAACGGAUGAAGAUUAGUGCGAAUGUGACUGUAGAGUUGGAAAUCCAGGACCUGCCAGAUCUGUCAGAAGAGGAAAUGAGCAAGUCUCAAAAAAAGCUUCAGGAUCUUACAAAUCGAGACCUUCAAAAACAUGAGCAUGAAAAGGUGGCCAAUUCAUUAGAAGCUUUCAUCUUUGAAACACAGGACAAGCUAUACCAGGAUGAGUAUCAAGCAGUUUCAACACAAGAUGAGCGUGACCAAAUCUCUACUAAACUCAGCGAGGUCUCAAACUGGCUGGAUGAGGAUGGUUAUGCUGCCAGCACGCAGGAACUAAAAGCGAAGCUCUCUGAGCUACGGAAGAUGUGCAAAGAACUCUUCUUCAAAGUAGAAGAGAGAAGGAAGUGGCCAGAUCGCCUUGCUGCACUGGAUAGCAUGCUCAAUCACUCUACCAUCUUCCUCAAGGGUGCUCGACUCAUUCCGGAAGCUGAUCAGAUUUUCACAGAAGUGGAGCUAAACACGCUGGAAAAGGUCAUCACUGAGACAACUACAUGGAAAAAUGAGACUGUGAAAGAGCAGAAUAAGCUGCCAUCUACUGAGAAACCCAUCCUCCUUGCCAAGGACAUUGAGGCAAAGCUUGCUCUCCUAGACAGAGAAGUAAAAUAUUUACUAAACAAAGCAAAAUUUGCCAAACCCAAGCCCCGAAAAGAAAAGAACACAACACAAGACAUGAAAAAUACAACAACAGAAGAUCAGAACACAACAGCUGCUGAUAGUGAGAAUGUUAUACCACCUGUAAAAGAGACAGGGGAAGAGACAGAGCAUGUGGAGGAGGUGAAACCUGGAGAUGCUCCACCUACAGUAAACAAAGUUGAGACCACCGUUGAGAAUGAUCAGUUUGAGAUACCCGAGGCAGAUGUAUUAGAGUCCAGUAAAGGUACAGGUGAAGGAACAUUGGAAAACAACUCAGACAAACACCCUCCAGAUGAAUUGUAACUGCUCCUGACUGCUGCACCGGCUCUAUUUAUAUUACAUUACUUUUUAUGUAAUGGACCAGUCUGCCAUAAUUUAACAGAACGACGAUGUGUGAUUGAGAGUAGAGGUGUACAUUUUUCAUUUUUUUUAAACAACUGGAUUUUCCUGUGACAGACUUUGUUAGAUAAUUCUACUUGUAAAACCAAGUACAGUUCAAGUUUAAACUACAUUGUGACCAGCAGGAGGCAGUGUUUGCAGCAAGAGGUUGACGUUCAAAGGGAUUUAACAGCUUCAAGUUAUUGGAAGCCAAGUAUUUUUGUUCCUUGUGUGUCUUCUCCCUUCAAUUGUUGUGGGUUUUUUUCAGUUAAUGGUUAUGAAUGAACUUAUUGCACUGAAUUGAAGUUUGUUCAUUUUGCUUUAGUGUCUGCUUGGGUAAGUUGAAUCUAUUAAAUCAAAAUUUUAACAGCCCUAGAGCUCGAUACUUGGCUUUAAUAAUAAGUCAACAGAACCAUAAUAAGAGUGUGUCUGUGAAAUGUUAAUGCAGGGGCAUGUCACCUCAUUACAGAGUGUACUACACCCCUGUCUUCAUACAAUCACCCACUACAUGCGCAGAAUGUGUACAAGUACCUGAGCAAAGUCUUUCAGUUUUCCUGCCUCCUAUAAUGGAUCUGAUUUUGGUAGCCUAGAAUGUCCCAGGCUGCUACAAGCAUGUCCCUUCACCAGUUGGGGGUAGCAGUUGUUUCAUGAAAUGUAGGGGCCAGGAAACCUCACUGAAGCCCCCAUUUUGGAAUCUGCCAUGUGUGAUGCGGCACAAGUUUCUGUGAAAACACUUGCAGUGUAGACAGACUGAAACAACUGAAUUAAUCUUGAGUGCUGAGGGGCACCUGCAGACAUCUACUUUAAACUCUCCACUGCAUCCUUGAUGGGGAGGGGGUUUGUUAUGAGUUUGACUUCGCAUCCUGUCCUAAAUGUUUCCCACAUGCCCCCUGUUUUUAACUCCAGUUCCUAUUGUACAUCGUAGUCAGGCUCAAAAUCAGUCCAGUGUUUCAAUAAUUGGAGCUUCUAUCUUUAACUUUAUUUUAAAGGAUUGCUUAAAAAUGCAGAAUGAACCACUGGUGCAGACUGCAGCUGUGUUAUGCUUUAGGGCAGUUAGAAAAAUGGGUAUCAGACCCCAGUUGUCGGCAGGGAAUCACAGGCGAGUGUGUGUUCAAACAUAUUAUAUGGCUCAGUGAUUUUUAACACUGCUUAGACCUUCAUGGUUUAUUGUCAAACCCUGUGUGAUGUUCUCCGUCUAACUGCUGCACCACAGGUAAUACACUGGCCUUUGAAUUAUUAUCCUAGUUAUUGGACACUUCAGUUUUGUUUCUUGAACUGAAUUCAGACUGUGGCACCCUGCGGGUGCUCACUAGCUCAGUGAUACUGAGAAGUUGCUGCUCCAGAGGGACUGCUAGAUGUGUAAUGUCAAAGCUGGCUGUCUCUUGUCAAAUUAACCACUUACCAUCCAUUUGAUAUUAAACAUCACUACAGAGAGGUUUGUUCUUUAAGUUAUUUUGUUCCCAAUUGUACUCCUGCCUCAUGCCAGUCACUAGCCAUUACCAGCGUGCAGCAGUGCAUAAAGUUAUGCUUCUGUAUUUUUGUUUUGUUUAGUGACUGUCUAUUUUGUUUGAGUAUAUACUCUGAGGCCAACUGCUGAACUUGCAAUCGAUCUUCAAGCAUGAUCGGUUUUCUUAAAACUGCAUAUGGUUUGCUGAACAAAGUGAAAGUGGAGCCUGGUUUCCAGAUUAAUUUUAGGGGAAAUUUUUUUCCAAACAACUGAUAUCAACAUAUGGGUCUCUAUUUUACCCAAGACCCAUUUAGUGAGUCGCACAAAUUUUUAUUUGUGUUUUGGACUGUGCUGUACUGAAGCUUCAGUAAAUGAAUGUUUGUAUUGUCAUUCCGUUAUUGAGCGGGGUUCCCCCUGCUGUUGGAGGUAGUUUUUUUUUCUUGAAUAUCUAAUUUAAAAAGUAAAUUUCAAAGAAAUAAAUUUCUCAUCAAAUAAUGAGUUUGAUCUAACAGCCAAUGGAGAUGUUGAGGUAUGAAUGAAUGUUGGGAGUUGAUGUGAAGAGGGACCAGGUUUCUGUCUGUGCAUUUGGUUAAUUGCCUUUGUCUAAUGUUGAGAAUGUGCACCAUUCGGUGUGGAUUAGGGGCUUUUUCUGCACUUACAAUCCCUCAAAAUAAAGCAGCCAAACUCCCCAAGGCUCCACUGUGUCCCGAUCAGUUUUGUUUAUUUGCUGUUGUUCCCUCUGUCCAAUAAAAUGUUGAUAUAUUUUUCUGAAUUUGUCAGCUGACUGUGUCCUGAGCCUUCUGUUUCUAGCUAAGCUUAGCUGAUGUGUUAUGUAAGUGAGACUGCUGUCAGACCUUACAGCUUCACUUUCUAACAGUGUUCAUUCUUCCCUCCUCACAAAGAGCUGUCAAACCCUUUGGGGAUGGGAUGUGUAACUCCUCUUCCUAAACCCCCACGGAGACCAGGCUGAGAAAAUGCAGCUUUAGAGUGUCUGCUGGUUAGCCUGUUGUUACCUUGUGCAUUGUGUGUGGAGUUGUCAGUCAGUUGGGAAUUUUUAGUAAAACUUUUUAGUUCUUUCUAAAACAUAAGCUGUUUUUAAAAUUUGCUUCAGUGUUACAACAAGAACCUCGUUGAAUUCCCCACUAUGCAUUUGAUGUCUUGGAUUGUGAUUUUUUUUUAAACUUCUUACUAAAAUGGGAAAGGAUGAACAGUACCUUUUUCUCAUUAAUGACAAUGAAUUCCUACACUAACACCUGGUAGUGAGUAAUCUUAAGGAAAGUUAACGCUGGGUUAUAAUGAUACCUAAUGACAGGCUGUUCCUUCAGUACUUUUCAUUGUUACUGUGUAAGCGAACACAUCCCAAUUAGCUGGGGAAAUAGGUUUGACCAGGAGACUAAGAACAAGGCACAUGUAGGGAUGGCCCAUCUACUUAACCCAUCCAAAAUAAUUAAUAUUGGAUCUCAUUGUCUGUUAAACCAUCAAACACCCUCACCUACAUCGAGAACUCCGAUUUUUAAAUCCCUGUUCAGGAGUAUAUCCCAACUUUUGAUCACGAGUACAGCAGGAUGGCUAUACUGCUGCUUUACGUAAAGUAUUUUCUGCAUAUGAAAACAGUUAAUGCUGAGCCAGGUAGAGAAUGAGACUGGCUUUGCCAGGGAAGGUGGGGCAACAGGCAGCACCAUGGUCAGCUGCUCUUUUCUCCUGAAGCUGUGACUUUGGCAACUCUUCAAACUAGGAAAUCUCUCUGGGGAAGGAGGGUUUAUUCUGAUCAUUUAUGUAAACUGUCACUAAGCUUGAAGUAAUGUGCCACCUAAAGAGCUCCAGUCUAAUGCAGAAGUUGUCCUAUUAAUAAAAUUCAAAUUAAUUUUUUAAAACUUA